CCUGCGCAGCCGCAGUCUGUCCGUGUGUGCACUCAGCUCUGCGCAGCCGCAGUCUGUCCGUGUGUACACACUCAGCCCUGCGCAGCCGCAGUCUGUCCGUGUGUACACUCUCAGCCCUGCGCAGCCGCAGUCUGUCCGUGUGUGCACUCUCAGCUCUGCGCAGCCGCAGUCUGUCCGUGUGUACACUCUCAGCCCUGCGCAGCCGCAGUCCGUCUGUCUGCGCUCUCCCAGCGCAGCCGCAGUGCGUACGUCCGUCUGUCCCUGGUGCUCCCCGCGCAGCCGCAGUCCGUCUGUCUGUCCGGGCGGGGGUGGGGCGGCGCGGCCAUGUCGGUGCAGGAGGACCCGGUGCAGAGGGAGAUCCACCAGGACUGGGCGAACCGCGAGUACAUCGAGGUGAUCACCAGCUCCAUCAAGAAGAUCGCGGACUUCCUCAACUCACAUGUCCUGCCGCUCCCGCCUCGCCACCCUCAACGAGAAACUGACCGCGCUCGAGAGGAGGAUCGAGUACAUCGAGGCCAGGGUCACCAAGGGCGAGACAUUGACGUAGGCCUGGGGUCCCCUGCACUGCGCUGCUGGAGCACCGCCGCCCCGCUCCCUGCCUGGGACCUGCCGCCGCCACCACCGCCUCUGCUUGUGUUGCCAAUAAACCGCUGUGUUCCUGCCCUAACUGCUCUCUGCCUGCCUGCCUGGGGCCGGGACACAGGAUGCCCUGUUCCCUGACGCGGUCUUGGAUGUCUAGAGCCUGCCCUUCCAUCUGCCUGACCUGCGGGGUCCAGGCUUGCCUUCCUCCCCAUGCGUGGGCGCUGGCAUGGGAGGGGAUGCUUCCAGGGACUGAGGGCCUGGCUGCUCUCAGCUCUGGGAGCCACCUGACCAGCUUUUCAGGUGCUUUGUGCUCCUGCUGGGGUCACAGUGGAAAAUCUGGUGAUCCCAAUGGUUUGGAAGGUGUCUCAGCCUUUGCUUGUGCACACUGUCAGGGCUCGGUGGGGACAGCAAGCUCGCCUGGGGUGGUGCACAUGUGGCAGGAAAGUGCCCCUUGCUGGCAGCUAGGAAGAGGUGCCUACCCUGCCCUUUAGGGAGGCGAGCGGCAAGAUGGAAACAGCUCUUCCCACCACUCUUUAUCUCAGUUUUUCAGUGAGCUGCAGACUCCCUGCUCAUACUUUGGGUUUGUUGGGGAGUCUGUGAAGUUGAUGUCAGUAAAGCUCUUGCUUCCCAGCA